UAACGCUGAAAAAUGAUCUCUGGUUAGCCAGCUCACCCAUUUGUUCCACUUGGGGAGGCAUUACAACCAAAUCCUCUUGAAAGAGUUCAGUUUUAGGUGUUCGACUCGAUGAUGACUUCUCACAGCUUCCUAUCCGGAAUUCCCUCAGACUACCGGUGGCUGCAGGCGUGUAAUCUGUGCCAGAUUUGCAAUGCCGUAUCCACCCUCUGACCUCACCGCAGAGACCCACUGUGCAUAAACCCUCAUUUCUGUGUAGCUUUGUCAGAGUAUGCAUGUGGUGUAGUAGCAAUAGCUUGUAUUUCACACAGGUUUCAAACUUGUAAAGUGGCUUUGUUUGCUUAAACACUUACAUAGUUUACUCAGUAUAGUGAAAUAUGCCUGGAUAUGCCCUGCCAAUCAGAGCGAACAUGUGCAGCUUGACAGAGCUCAACUAUAAAAGGACUGGGUGACUUUUUUAAAUCAUCAAUUAACAUGUACUUCACGUCAGCUUUGUCCUCUAACAGCGCUCUGCUGACUUCAGAAGCAGAGUCAUGUUGGCAGUGUUUUUCAGAGAUGUAACUCAUGUAAAGUUCAUCUUGGAUGUGAAGUGGAGUUGGAAAGACUUUUGCUAAGGAAGAAAAGAAAGGGAGACAGAAGGGACUAAAGAGAUCUAGCCUAUAAGUGAGGUGGGUGAUGCCUCUACAAGUUAACAUGCCAGUCGACCAGCACUGCUUAUGUAGUCCUGAUAGAGACCCAGCACCUCAAGGAAAACAAGUCUGUUACUAACAGGUACUGUAUGUUCCCACACAGAUCUGGAAAAAACAGACACAUUUAACAGCUGAAGCCUGAUUAUCUAACAUGAUGCUACAGUGAAAAUGUAAGUAAAUUUAAGCAUUGAUAACCUUUAUCUCAACACAGCUGUAGCUGUAACCCUGAUCAUUUUCCUCUGUAACACCUGAACAUAAGUUGACCUAACUGCUGCCGGAAACACUGUUCAAAGCAGAGACAGACCUCCCAAAUCCCAUGUAAAGACUAAAACCAACAGUGAGUUAGUCCCCUCUGUCAAUACUCUCUGAUUGAACCAGCCUGUUUGUGGCUCUCUCCAAACCCAUUUGUUAAUAUUUGAGACAUAAAUCUUUAAAAAUGGACCAAACGUUCCCCUAUAACAACUGAGCACUGUGGUUUUUGCAAAUAUUACAAGAGUAAAUAGUGUAUAGUCAGCUGCAGAUUUAAUGCUAUAAUGAGUAUUUACAGCAGAAUGUAUGUGGGAAAAUAAGCCACAGAGCCUGUGUUGAUUGUAAUAGAAGAACGUGUCACCCAGUGCAAGAUUGUGGUGCACUGAUGUGUUUUUAAUAGUUUUUUUGGAAAACAAUGGAGCGCCACAGUACAGAGGCAUAGACUAUAUUUGUGGAUACGCACACAACACUUGUUAGCUGCAAGUAUUCAUUGUUGGUUUUCAGCUUUUCAGAGGAUUUACUGACAGUAAGAACAAUACAGACUUGUCCUUUAUAGGUAUGCAAAGGACAACAUUAACUGGCUGUGACAUGUAUGCAAAUGUGUCAGCAGCAGCAGCAGAGAGAUCAGGAGACUGGAGCAGAGCUGGAGGGAGUCGCCAUCACUCUCUGUCUUAUUGCUUUGUGCAUUUCCAGUGUCAGUGAUUUAAAGAACAACAGCCCAUUAGUGAGGGAAAUGGUGGCAGGUCCAUCACAACAAAAUUAAAUAGGCUCAAUCUGAUUGACUGUGCACUUAAAUAGACAUUUUAAUGUGCUAAGGAAGCUAGAUAAUACUGUACCUCAGCCACACCUGUGUGAAAUAGAAGUAACUGUGUAAUAAUUUUGCCACAUUCAUAUAUUUAGCCUUUUCUGUCAUCUUUACUGUGGUGUAGUUACUUGGAAAAGACAUAAAAACAUUUCAUAUUUGAAUAGGAAUCUGGAUCUCUUAAAAUUCCCAUCUCAUGUUUAGUAAGAUUUAAAUCCUCCUGAGGGGGACUUGAAUGUCUGUACUAAAUUUAAUGACAAUCCAUUAAAGUAACGUAAUGUAACUUUGCUGAGCAACAGCGCCCUCUUCAGCCAUGAGUGGUAAUUAAUUCUGUUGGGCUCCGAGGCUAAGCGGUUAAGCUCUUAUCAUAUAUAAAAAACAAAGCCUUUCACUCGCUUGACUGGAGCACCAGCUUCAUAGUCCAACUCACUGAACUGAAACACAGCCAAAUGGUGUUUAUUACCCAUGAUCCCCUGGCUUCUGGAGCAGGAAGUGCUGUAUCUGAACAAACACAGCAAACUCUGUUUAUGAUUCCAAAUGUUUCCAAAUGUUUUCUCACUGAAUAUUUCAGAUACAUGCUGGUUUAUAAUGACUUCCAAGUCUCUUAAAGCUAUCUACAGCUCUGCAUUAUUCUUGAUAUUGGUGGGGCUCUCUUGCUCACUCAGUUAGCAAGAGAUCGUACAUGCUAACCAAAGUUACAUAGAGCAAAAACAGGCGUUUGGGGAGCUGUUGCAAGGCAGUGUACCAUCAAAAUGAUUCUGAAGAUGCAUAUUUUAUGGCAAAAUAGUUACAUAACAUUGCUUUAAAUGGUAAAUACUGAGAGAUUUUACUCAAACGUCAUGAGAUCACUCACCAAAGUCAUUAAGAUUCAUACCUCUGGGCAUCAUGAAUGUCUAUGCUCUCUGUCAAUCCAUCUAGUAAAUAUUAUUCACAGGAUAAGUGAAAAGUUUAACCAGCUGGUGGUGCCAGGGAAAAUGUCAGAGGAUCACCAAAGUUACAGGGAUUCAUCCUCUGGGGAUCAUGAAUAUCUUUACCAACUUUCAUAGCAAUCAGUUCAAUAGCUGACGAGAUAUUUCACUAACAGCCAAUUAAACCUCAUGUUGGCGCUACAGGAAAAAUCUGGGGGAACCAAACUAAUUUGAUUUCGUUCUCUGGGGACAAUGAAUAUCUCUCUAUAAAAUUUAAUGGCAGUCCAUCUUGUAAAGUGAGGGAAUGACAGACCAACACUGCCAUCCCUAAGAAGGCAAAACAUCUAACAGCACAGACACAGAAAACCUUUCACUCAGUACAGAGCUGCAGUUCUCAGAGAUCUCUGAAGCACAACAACACAGGCCUCAGCGGGUGGUAAACCCAACAUGCUGUUGCCUCAUCAGUAUGGAUAAAUGAAUCCACUUCUUCCGGGAGAAGCAAAAGGCUGUUUCACAGUUCCAUGAAAUAAGAGAAUUGUUCUAAGAAUGCUUCAACUUCUGCCUAUAGUCCCAUGUCAACAAAUCUCUCUUCUUAGAGCAGACACUGGUUCACAUACCUCACAAAAAGACACAUAAUAAAUUCAGUCUUGAGUCUUCGUGGAUUCCAGUAAAUAUAAUUAACCAUGUGUAACAGACUGCGCGUGUAUGACUUGCUACGUAAUUUGCUGGCUGACAGUUCAGGAGGUUUGUUGACAUUUAAUGUGUUAUUACUGGAUCAUUGAAUAUCAUAACAAAUUAAAACGAGUUAGUGUAUCUUUCACAGCUCGUAGUGCUUUUAAUUAAAAUUUAUGGAGUUAAAUUCUCUGGAGAGACUACCUUAUUUUAGCUAAUUGAAAUAUUCACACAGCCUUUGGCGCUGCAGAUUCCUGUGUUUGGUUCGUGUCCUUUAUAAGACCUCAGCGCUCCUCCAGCAGACAGCUCUGGUGUCUGAUGUCUGUCUGUUGAUGCAGCUGAGGCACAUUGAAGUGGUUGACUGUGCUGCCGGCUGUGGCUGGAGGAGACUUGUGUCUGCUGAUGUGCCUUUGAGGGACUAAAUCAUCCAUUUGCCACCACUUUGUUUUUUUAAACUCGGGGCAGCAAGCAAAUAAAUCCCUGCCAUUCCAGGAUCAUCUGCUCAGUGUUUAUUUACUCACACUUAACUUUCUCCUUCUGCUUGACCUGUACUCCUCAGGAUGAGCCAAAAGCAGCAUUUAAUAUGGGAACAGAACAGCAGGAUUAUACAAUCUUUGAUACUGUAUUAACUUUAUCCUGUUGUGAAAUAGUGAUACAAGGUCAAACAUUAAGUCAGUCUUCCCGAAAAAGAUAUUCAAAUUAAAGAAGUUCUUACAUUUGACUUGACCAUUAUCAUUGGAAAUUUGAGAACUGGCAAGUCAGACUGAAUUUACAUACACAUACACUGCACAAGGUCUUCAAACAGCUGCACAAUUACAUUUAGAUGUUGAGCAAACUGAAGUUUUAUGGACAAAUUAAGUCCAUUUUGGUCCCAACUGUAGUGGCGUGGUUCACAGGGCCAACAAAAACAAACCUCAGCGGGUGGCAGCACCAUAAACAAGUCACACUUACACAAGAUGGUCAGCUGUAAAAGAGCUGGAGAGCAAGCUUGGGUUAAAUGCUACCAUUAAAAGACUCUCUAAUCUGUAUACAUUUGAAUUUUGCAAAUUUGUAAUCAUGCUCCUGUACAUAAAGGCAGUGGUGUAAGGACAUCUACUCAAGUGCUGUACUUUGUAUUUAUGUUACUUGUAUGCUAAAUACUUCUGUCUCACUACAUUUCAAUGGAGGUUACUACUACUCUUAUUUGAAAGCAAUAGUUACCAGUUACCUUGCUUUUAUAUACAAAACAAAUGAUUGGUUUAUAAAAAGAGAUGUAUUUUUAUUAACUAAAAUAGCUAACAUUGUAUAAAUCAGUAAAAUAUUAGAGCUACAACAGCAAGAUGCUACUAACAUAUACAUUGUAAAAAAUAAUUAAUGUGGUUCAACUUAAAACUUAAGUUAAAUUGCUGCCUUAAAAUGUGAUUAAACUGAACCUGAAGAUAAACUUUGUUUCAACUCAAAAAGUUUAAGUCCUACAAGUUGCUUAGCUGAUGAUCAUGUGUUGUUUAAACUUGACACUUUGCAUUAAAACAACUGUGUUAUAUUAUCCAUUUCAGAAAACUUCAAACAAACUUAAAGUUCUACAAUAUUUAACUCAUAAUUUCAAUUUAACCUGAACUAUAAUCACACCAACUGCAAUUUCGAGUUAGGUUUACUUGCCUUUUUUAGGCAGAAAUUGAAUUUAAGAUUUCAAAUUAAGAGGACUAAUUUUUUAAUCAAUAUUUCUUGACUAAUAACAGCUACUACCAGGACUAUUACUUUUUAUAUGCUAACAUGCUGCCAACACUGAAGUAUUUCUACUUAAAUACUUCAGAUUAUGAAAAGGACUUUUACUUGUAAUGGAGUAUUCUUUACUACGUUAUAUUUUUACUUUUACUUGGGUAAGGGAUCUGUAUAUUUCUUCUUCACAGCUGUACGGUGUCUUGUAUUACUACAGUCUGCAAAAGUUGCGGUAUUUUUCUUUCUAAAAAUGAAAUAAUAUGUCAAAUUGCUUGAAAAGUGUGCUACUAAACUACCAAGACACAAAAUACCAAUGUUUCUUUAAAUGUCACAUCAUGUCUUUGGAUUCCGCUGAUAAAAGUAUCACUUUUAUCUUUUAAUGUCUCACUGGAGUUUUCAAGUUAUGGUGCAUUUGUGAUUUACAACAGUUUUGCUUGUUUUCUUCUCAGCAGUUGUUGAGCGGCUACUGUAACACAGUGUGCUGCUGGCAGCUCCUCCCAUCCCGCUAUAAGAGCCCAGCUGACCAGGUAGUCAGGGUCCAUCCCUAAAACAGGCCAGUGAAAACUGACUUAGGAAAACACGGUCAGCUUGUUUAAAACGUCUUUUUUUCCCCCCUCGCUGGUCGGUUACAUGCAGCCUUCGUGUCAUAUUGAGAUGUAGGAAAAGUCCCUGAGUUUGUUUUCGGACUAAUCUAACUGAGGAUUUGGGGCUGGGACUUUUUUUUAAAUGAUGACUUUUGCCAUGCUGCGGCCCGUGGCGACGCACUUAAUCUACUCAGACUUCACUCUCAUGUCCGAGGACGAUGAAAACCGAAGCGAAAGCGACGGCAGCUCGGAGCGAAGUUACAGCGACUCCACCGAAAAACGCAGGAGGAUUUCGCACAAACUGGAAGGAGACUCCGUGGUGGUCAUGAAACAGAGGAGCGCCGCUAACGCCCGAGAGAGAGGCAGGACCCAGAGCGUCAACACCGCGUUCACGGCUCUCCGGACUCUCAUACCCACCGAGCCAGUGGACAGAAAGCUCUCCAAGAUUGAAACUCUUCGCCUGGCGUCUAGCUACAUUUCCCAUCUGGCCAACGUGCUUCUCAUUGGAGACGGCGGCGCUGAUGGACAGCCGUGCCUCGGCGCGGUCCAUGUGCAGGGAGAGAGCGGGGCGAAGCAGCCGCGGACCAUCUGCACCUUCUGCCUGAGCAACCAGAGAAAAGGAAUAAAGGAUGGCAAAGACUGUAUAAAAAUGCGAGGACUGGGUCCACUGCGAAUGCGACGCUGACUGAAGACCAGUGAAUGAUCAGCGACCUGAAAAUAAUCAGAGACUUUCUCAGGGAAGAGUCGGAGCUGGUGUCACAAGGCACAGACACACACCAACACACACACAUAGGCAAACACAGACACAUACUCAUGCUGGAUCAAAUGAUGGAAGAAAAAGAGAGAAAAGACUAUUUAUACUUGACUGAGAAAAUUAAUUUUUGCAUAAGCCUUUCAAAGAUGCAGUGCAUUUGUUUGAAACUUAUGAGUUUUUGUCCUUUUUCGUUUGUUUGUUUGUUUUUUGAAAAAGUUUUAAAUAAAAUAUAUUUUAUCAAAAUAAAA